AGACACCGCUUUACACUGUAGCAGAGCUGGAGCGCACUGGACUGUAUUGACUAGUGUAGCAUCUACACUGCCUAUGAGGGUGGGGUCCAGCUUUACAGAAAUCUGAGACACAGAAAGCAAGAGAUAGAGGGAGAGAGAGAAGAGGAGGGAGAUUGCACCAGGAGAGGAAGACAACAAGGGAUGAAAGGAGAUACCCCAGUAAACAGCACAAUGAGUGUCGGUCAGGCCAGGAAGCUGGUGGAGCAGCUAAAGAUUGAGGCCAGUAUGUGUCGGAUCAAGGUGUCUAAAGCAGCAGCAGACUUGAUGGCGUACUGCGAUGCCCAUGCGUGUGAGGAUCCUCUCAUCACUCCUGUGCCAACCUCUGAAAACCCUUUCAGGGAGAAGAAGUUCUUCUGCGCCCUCCUCUGAGCGAGAAGAGUGCUGAAUACCGACAAAAAUAACAGCAGAUAACAGUUUUACAUACACUCACUGAGCACUUUAUUAGGUUAUUUAUUUUAAUUUUAUUUUUUACUUAUUGGUCUUCUGCUGCUGUAGCCUAUCCACGUAGAGGUUUGACACAUUCUGUGUUCAGAGAUGCUCUUCUGCAUACCACUGUUGUAAUGUGUGGCUAUUUGCGUUACUGUCAGCUUUGACCAGUCUGGCCCUUCUCAUCUGACCUCUCUCAAUGCUUUUUUGCCUGCAGAACUGCUGCUCGCUGGAUGUUUUUUGUUUUUCGCACAAUUCUCUGUGAAUUCUAGAGACUGUUGCGCGUGAAAAUCCCAGGAGUUCAGCAGUUUCCUAGAUACUCAAACCACCUUGCCUGGCAUCAACAAUCAUUCCAUGAUCAAAAUUUCUUCCCCAUUUUGACAUCUGAAAAAAAAAAAAAACUGCUAAACCUCUUCACCAUGUCUGCAUGCUUUUAUGCAUUUAGUUGCCGCCACAUGAUGAUGGCUGAUUAAAUAUUGGCAUUAUUACGAGCUGGUCUACAGGUCUACUUAAAGUGCUCACUGAGUGUACGUAUGCUGUAUAAGUCAUAGCGAGACACAGUUCAGUUCAGUUUCUGUCUAUACUGAAAUUUCUUUUUUUAAAACAAGUUUAGUAAUUAUGACAGUUCUUAAGAUUAAAUGGACCAGCCUUGUUGUAAGGUUUGCAAACAUUAGAUCAUACCCUGGCAGGGUUCCAGUGCUCAUAAUUUAAUGUACUUUUCAGAAUUUUGGCUAAUUGUAAUUGUAAUUCUCACUUUACAAUUAGCCAACUUCACAAUUGUAAUGGGAAUGUGAAAUUGGCUUUGUUAACUGAAUAAUACCACAAAUUGCAUGUAUGGCACAAAGUGGUAUCUAAUGCCACUAGUUGUACUGAACAAAAACUGAAUUUUGACCCAAAAUGAAUUAAUUGAUUUUUCCACAAAGACGAAAUCUACAAUUGACAUGCUAAAGAAGAGACGAACAAAAACACAUAUACCUGUUGGCAGAUUCAUGAAUGCUUAUUGAAAUGAAUAAAGGGCAGUGGAAUGGGGAGGACUGCACAAACAAUCGGUCACAACACGUUUUUUAAAAAGUUCACAUUUCCUCCCCAAAAUGUUUUUUCCAGUCUUACUUUACUUUGUGCACUUAUUUUAAUGUGGUGUGUUUGGGGUAGUGAGAUACAGCGAGUCAGGGAUCAUGGAUUAACUUCACUAGGGAUGAGUGAAAAAAAAUAAUAAUGGUGAGCUUCAUAAAUAAACACAAUCACUAAAACACAGACUCAAA